AUGGCCGACCAUAAAGCGGGCAGCGAACCAGAUCUCAAUCCUAGCAGGGCAUCUCCGCCCCGAGAAGGAACAGCAAUGCCAGCAUUAACAACAGUUCCGACCUCGAUCACUCUGUCAACGGAGCAUUUCGAGAAAUUGUACCUCACCCCACUGAGGCAUCGACAGCCAGAGUUAACCAAAACAUUUGGAAACCCUACUCCACUGGCCCUGGGUGGUUUCGUGGUAACCACGACGCCGCUAUCCUGUUGCUUGAUGGCCUGGCGAGGUGCUGGUGGGAAUGGGAUUGCAUUCACGGGACCCAUUAUCUUCCUCGGCGGAACGUUGCUGGUUAUCACUAGUAUCCUGGAGUUUAUCCUGGGAAAUACAUUCCCCUGCGUCGUGUUUGGUACUAUCGGAGGAUUCUGGUUCGCCUUCGGAGCCACCCAAACCCCAGCUUUCAAUGCCGCCGCCCCAUACUCCACCUCAACAACGAACACAAUGGAAGGCCUCCACAACCCCGAAUUCCUCAAUACAUACGCCUUCCUCUUCAUCUCAAUGGCCACCCUAGUCACCAUCUACAUGAUCUGUGCCACCCGCACAAGCGUAGUCUAUGUCCUCAUCUUUGCCGCCCUCAUCGUCGUUUUCGUCUGCCUAGCCGCCGCAUAUUGGCGUCUAGCGGGCGGGGCUGCUAUCAUUGGGAAUCGUCUGAUUGUUGGAGCCGGGGCUGCGCUGUUCGUAGCUAGUCUUUUGGGGUUCUAUUUACUCCUGCAAUUGUUUGAGGCUUCGGGGUUUCCGGUUAAUCUGCCUGUGGGAGAUCUGAGUGGGUUUUGGGGUAGGGGGAGGGACGGUGGACGAGAUGUAGAAAUGGUCGGUGAUGUUGGGGGAGAGGUGUGA